GUUUAUUUAAUUCAGUGGCAUUAUAAAGGUUGUAAAUAAGUGUUUGAAGGUAAAUAAUAAGGCGUUAAAGUGACAAGCAUAUUAUAUGUGGGAUUUGUAAGCGUCGAAUAAAAACCGUAUAAUGUGUCACAUGUCAAGACAAUAAAAGAACCGCGCACGAGGACCAACUUUUAUUGCUGGACCGUCCAGUGCUUACAUAGUGGUGUGAAAUGUGCACAGAUUUAGAAACCUAUCAUGAAGUUGGACCCCAAGUUAUUUUGGACCCUCCUACAGGGAAUAGUCCUCCUGCCCACAAUAGCAAUGAGAGACACUCAACUUGUGACGUUGACAGCGAAAAGGUCAUCGGAAGAGCCUCAGUUUGAGCGACCUAUCGGGAACCACACCUUCCAUAUCGGAAGAGAGGCCAUUCUUGGGUGUUCUGUGGUCAACCUGGGGAAACAUAAGGUGGGCUGGCUACGAGCGGAAGACCAAACAGUCCUGUCACUUCACGACCGAGUGGUUCUUGGCGGCCGUUAUGCCGUAAGCUUAGACUCACCAAGGACUUGGCAGCUUCGCAUCAGACCUCUGCGGGCCGAAGACCGCGGCUGCUACAUGUGUCAGAUCAACACGCAGCCCAGCAUGAAGUGGCAGAUUGGCUGCAUCGAUGUCUAUGUGCCACCAGAUAUCAUAAACGAAGAGACUUCAGCCGACGUGUCAGUCCAGGAGAUGGACAAUGUGACGAUGGUUUGCAGAGCGUCUGGCCAUCCACCCCCGAAGAUUACGUGGCGAAGAGAAGACCACGAACCGAUGUUGCUGAAGAAAGUCGGCGGCAGGGACUUUUAUAAAGUGGAGAGCUACGUGGGCAGUUCGCUGCCGCUAUGGCGCGUGGACCGAAGACAGAUGGGCGCGUUCCUGUGCAUCGCCUCCAACGACGUCCCACCCGCCGUCAGCAAGCGGAUCAUACUGCUGGUCAACUUUCCACCGACAGUGAUAGUGCCAAACCAACUGCUCGGAGCUCCAUUGGGAACCGAUGUGGUCUUAGAAUGCACUAUAGAGGCUCAUCCUAACACUAUCAAUUACUGGUUGAGAAAUAGAGGAGAAAUGCUUCUUAAUGGGCCAAAAUACUCCAUCACCGAAGAGCGCUCUUCAUACAGGGUCCAAAUGAAGCUUACUAUAUGGAAUUUUGCGCGAGGUGAUAUUGGCACCUACAAUUGUGUCAGCACCAACUCUUUAGGCAAGAGUGAGGGCACCCUCAGGCUUUAUGAAAUAAAACUCUACCCAAGUUCGCAGUCAGCGGAAGAGGCGAACGUCGGCGGUCUUACGGAUGGAACCGCUAAGAAUACUGCAUUCAACAGAGGAGAUCCUAUGCCGCUAUCGAGUUCUAAUUUUGUUAAGAUUUUAGUGAUAACGUUAAUUAUUAUUAUGAAAUAUUAGUAUUUGUAACUAGAGAACGAAAUAGAAUUAUAAUUGAGUAACAAUUAUGAUAAAGUAAUUAAAGUUUGCCUUUUAAAUAAAAUUUUGAGUAAAAUUCAUUCGUUGUUGGUGAAAGUGAUCGAAACAGGAACGAGGAGAUCAGCAGAUGAACCAAAGUCACCGAUAUGGGCCACACAAUUGCUAUACUAAAGUGGCAGUGGGUGAGAUACAUCGCUUGUAGAACGGACGGCUGAUGGGACGGUAAGGUUCUCGAAUGGCGACCGCAGACCAGAAAACACAGCAUGGGCAGGCCCCUCACAAGGUGGACCGAUGACCUUCUGAAGAUCCCGGGAAAACGCUGGAUGCGGGUAGCAGAGGAUCGGUCAUUAUGGCGAGCUUUGGGGGACGCCUAUGUCCAGCAGUGGACAAUUUCCAGCUAACAAUGAUGAUGAUGAAUAGAAAAGUCCAGUCAAAUAAGGAUCCAGAAUUAAAGAUGAUGCUGGUACCUUAAAAUAACAUACAUGAUUUUAUACAUAACAUCUAUUGAAAUGACGUAGAUUCAAUUUAAUGUUAAAUUGACCUUCAAAAAGUAUAUCCAUGAUAAUUACGUUUAACAAUUGAUUCUGUUUCUUGUAAAACUUUGUUAAAAUAUCGGUUCGAAAUUAUAUCAAUUUGUCACUUUAUAAUUGCGAAUGUACAUACUACUAAAACAUGGUUCAAUGACAUCCUAUUCAAGAAAUAUUUAUGCAGCACUAAAAUCAACUUUAUGCAUCAUAAACUAAACGAAAGAUGCCUUGUUCUGUUUCUAUGUUGACAAAAGGUACAGUAAACACAAUACGACUUUGUAAAUAACGUUGCAGUAAGUACACAAUUACCCAAGAGAUGGCAAAAGAAACCGAGGAAGGCCAUUCCGACGCUGGGAGGACGACAGAGUGGCGGAACCUGGACGGCUAUAUGCAAAGAGGAGUCGAAUAGACUGGGGGAGGCUUUUGCCAAUUGGCACACAGAUACCUAUCUAAACGUUACCACCGAAUAAUGGAAAUGUACAAAAAUAAAAAAGUAUUGUAUCUGAAUUUAUGGCUAAUAAAGAAGUACACCAUUAUUAGUUGAAGUUUAUGUAAUAUUGAGCAACUUGUUAGUUUUCUUUCUUAUUCUUCAAACCCCCUCUGAUUGAUUGAAGGGAGGUCUGUGUCCUACACACAGUGGGACGUACAUAGGCUGUUUAUUAUAUUCUCUUAAUGACACAUUACGAAUUGCGUCCGUUCAUUCGUACUUACUCGUUACUUGAGUCACGUCAGGCGCCUUUGGCGGCUCAAUAAUAACGCUGAUUAGGUUGGUGGUGAGGUUUGAUAAGGUUAGUCAUCCAACUCACAACCCGCACGGUAGCAAAAGAAGACGAAUUCUUAGUUAGUGAGUCUUUCAAUGAGCUUAUACAUGGUGAUAGUGAUAUCGUAACGAAAACAGUGAGGUAUAAUUCAGACCAUGAUUCUGAGUUGAAUUUUCUGUCGCAAAAAUACUAAAAUCUUCAUGACAUUUAGGACAGGAAAUUUCACUUGAUAUCAACUCAGAAUCUUGGUCUGUAUUAUCCCCCUCAGUAUUCGUUAUGGUGCAAUUUAUCAUCGUAAAAGUAUAGAUGGAUUUUGUGACUGAUACUCAUAAUUCUACUUGCCAUUAACUUGACUUGAAUUCAACUCAUGUUUCUGAGUUAAUAUCACGAUGUCACUAACACCUUGUAUACGUCAUUUUACGAGUAGAUAAUAUACCUCUAUAGCCAUCUUGAUAGGAAUAAAAGCUGUAAGAGCAGUGCAUUUUCUUGGGCCUUAGCUCAGGGCCUUAGCCAAGUUUCAAACAAUAGUGACACUCGAAAGUGGCAGUACAGUGUUAAAAAGGCAUAGGAUUGACAUAAGGUGACUUAAAGUGUCAUGUCCCACACAUUUUUAGGGUUCCGUAGCCAAAUGGCAGAAACGGAACCCUUGUGGAUUCGUCAUGUCUGUCUGUUCGUCCGUACGUCACAGCCACUUUUUAUCACUGUCAUUGUCGAUUGUCAUUAUCAGGUCCACUUGGCUUUACUCCUCUAUAUAUUUCCAUCCUGCUUUCAAUCUAAUAAUCUAUUUAAGUAAUGAGGACUUAUAAACGGCUCAACCAGACCACAUAACAUUUAGUUGACAAUUGUAUUCUACAGUAAAUACAGGGUGUUAGUGACAUCGUAACGAACAUUUUUUGAUUUUUGAUUUUGAGUUCAUAUUAAGUGGAAUUUUCCGUCGCAAAAGUAUG